UGGGGAAGAAAUAACGGAGAAUGAAAGGGAAGGUGCAUGAGAAGAAGGAAAGAAUGAGAAAACACGCACAACCACUCUCACGCGAAUGCCAAAGGGCGCUUUCGCCAUCUUCGGCCACAAGGUGGCACCCUUUGAACUUUCUUUCCGCCCCCCAAAAAAGGAGAAAGGGAGGAGAGAGGGGGGCAAGAGGAGGGAAAAAAGGCAAGGCAGUCUCCCAACCAAGAACAAUCUGAAAACCCACCCCAUAAUAUUUAAAAGCUGGGACAAAGAAGCGUCAGGACGAAGCUGCUUCCAUUGCAAAACGUCAGCGCAGCCUCCCGAGCGGUCCGCCGCCAGAGUCUGGAGCAGCCCCUUUAAAAAAGCGGAGUACAGUAUUGGGAUUUUUGAAAACUGAAACCUAGAAACAGAAUCGAAGCGGAAACCAGAAGGAAAGCCUUGAACUCCUCCAGACAAUUGCUUCCGGGGAGUUCCAGGAGCGCGAGGGGGAAUAAAGGGCCCGCGAGCAGGGCCCCUCGGAUGGCGCGUCCCUGAGGGUCCAGACGAAUUCGAGGCGCGUGGGAAGCAGAGGUCCCUACCCUCUCCCUGGGCUGCAGGUCAUGGCCACCGUGGAGCAGAAAGCCCUCGGCAUUGGCUUCAAGUGUCUCUCCCUGGCCACUUUUGUGCUCAUCUGCGCCGGGCAAGGGGGACGCAGGGAGGAAGGGGGUCCAGCCUGCUACGGGGGAUUUGACCUGUACUUCAUUUUGGACAAAUCAGGAAGUGUGCUGCACCACUGGAAUGAAAUCUAUUACUUUGUGGAACAGUUGGCUCAUAAAUUCAUCAGCCCACAGCUAAGAAUGUCUUUUAUUGUCUUCUCUACUCGAGGAACAACCCUAAUGAAGCUAACAGAAGACAGGGAACAGAUCCGUCAGGGCCUAGAAGAACUCCAGAAGGUCCUGCCGGGAGGAGACACUUACAUGCAUGAAGGAUUUGAAAGGGCCAGUGAGCAGAUUUAUUAUGAAAACAGUCAAGGAUACAGGACGGCCAGCGUCAUCAUUGCUUUGACCGAUGGGGAACUCCAUGAAGACCUCUUUUUCUAUUCAGAGAGGGAGGCUAACAGAUCCCGAGAUCUUGGUGCAAUUGUUUACUGUGUCGGUGUGAAGGAUUUCAAUGAAACACAGCUGGCCCGGAUUGCGGACAGUAAGGACCAUGUGUUUCCUGUAAAUGACGGCUUUCAGGCUCUGCAAGGCAUCAUCCACUCGAUUUUGAAGAAGUCCUGCAUCGAAAUUUUAGCAGCCGAACCAUCCACCAUAUGUGCUGGAGAAUCAUUCCAAGUGGUCGUGAGAGGAAACGGCUUCAGGCAUGCCCGAAAUGUGGACAGGGUCCUCUGCAGCUUCAAGAUCAACGAGUCAGUCACGCUCAAUGAGAAGCCCUUCACUGUGGAAGAUACUUAUUUGCUGUGUCCAGCACCUAUCUUAAAAGAAGUUGGCAUGAAAGCAGCACUUCAGGUCAGCAUGAACGAUGGUCUCUCUUUCAUCUCCAGUUCUGUCAUCAUCACCACCACACGCUGUUCCGAUGGCUCCAUCCUGGCAAUUGCCCUGCUGAUCCUGUUCCUGCUCCUGGCCCUGGCUCUCCUCUGGUGGUUCUGGCCCCUCUGCUGCACCGUGAUUAUCAAGGAGGUCCCUCCACCCCCUGCUGAGGAGAGUGAGGAAGAAGAUGACGAUGGUCUGCCCAAAAAAAAGUGGCCUACUGUAGAUGCCUCUUACUAUGGUGGGCGAGGCGUUGGAGGCAUUAAAAGGAUGGAGGUUCGCUGGGGAGAAAAGGGUUCCACAGAAGAAGGUGCUAAGUUGGAAAAAGCAAAGAAUGCGAGAGUCAAGAUGCCAGAGCAGGAGUACGAAUUCCCCGAACCUCGAAAUCUCAACAACAACAUGCGUCGGCCCUCUUCCCCCCGGAAGUGGUACUCGCCAAUCAAGGGAAAACUGGAUGCCUUGUGGGUCCUACUAAGGAAAGGAUAUGAUCGUGUGUCUGUGAUGCGUCCACAGCCAGGAGACACGGGUGGGCUCACGGUCCUAUUGUUCCUUGGUACCCACCAGGAAAUCCCUGAGCCAACAUCCAACAUCAAGUGCCAGAAGAAACCACUUAAAUAGCAGGCCAGCAACACAUCUGAUCCUACAAUGUAAAGAGUUCGCUAAGCAUUUGCUGAAACCAUCCCUCUGCUUCCAGUAUAUAGCUAUGCCAUGCUCUUUCUAAAACACAUAUGUGAACAUGACAUUCCAAGGCUUCAGACUUGCAAAGACCAGGAAAAAGCCCCCCGAAAUUGCUUGAUUUAGAAAGGCUCUCCUAAUUUUAAACAGAGAUGUAAGGGAGCUUCAGAAAUCAGGGUUCGUGGAAUCUAGUGGUUUUCAACCUGGUUGCACAUUGUGAUAACCUGAAGAGCAUUCAAACGCUGAUACUGGGAUCCCACCUCAAAGGUUCUAUUUCACUUGUCUGGGAUGAGGUCUGGACAUUUGGGAUGUUAGAAGCUCCCCAGGUGGUUCUAAUGGCAACUGGGAUGGAGAAGCAGUGAUCUGGUCCAAUUCCCUAUUUUUCAUCCAAGACUGCAUCUUCUCUUUCCUUCUCCACCAAUUUGAAGGCACCUGUCCACACUGCUCCAGAGACAGGCAUAAGGGAAAUGGAUGAUUACCAUCUUCAUGGGCUUCCACCAGUCCCUUUCCUUCUAGGAAGAUGAUUAACACGGAUUCAGGCUACUAUCUUAUUGUUACUGCUUAGGGGGAAAGGAUGGAGAAAAGGAAAUGUAACUCUGCCUCACAUGUUUGGGUUUUUUUUCCUGGAUGGAAUUCAAUCAAUAUAUGGACCAGUCUAAACCCUCUCCAGUUGUUUUUACCUCAGUUUGAGCCAUCCCACUUCACGUGCUCUGGGAGGGACCCACUGGAGUUGGAUGUCUUCUUUGUUUUCAGCUCCUCGGUUUCUCCCAGAUCUGACAUCAGGAGGCCGGUACAUUCCAUGACUAUCAGCAAGAACAAAAAACUCAGGCACAUUCUGAGCUUGUUUUGCAAGGCUGGGCCUCCUUGCAAUCAGAAGAGACCCAGGAAAAGUACACACAUAAAUGUACAUAAACAACGUUUGAAACUUAUUUGAAGCUCAGCCCCAGAGGUUGUGAAAUCCUCUCCUGGAGCUCCAGCCUCAGGCUGCUGUCUGUGCAGCUGCUUCCAGUAAGGGAGCUAGGCCAGUCACAUGGGCACCAUGUCUCCCUGCUGUCGCUGAGGCCGGAGUGAGCUGGGCAGGUUAUCUCUGAGGGCAGAGAGCGUGCUCAGCCCAGUCCUUCGAAAGCAGAUGAGCCUCCCGUAACAUAAGCAAGUCAGAGAAAAGUGUCUGCAUUCUGUUUCUCUCUGUCUCUUUUCUCCAUUUUUCACAUUCCCUGUGUUGCCUCUUUCUUCUUCCCUCUUUAACUUGGCUGCCUUCCCUCAAACAUUCUUUGAUCAAACAGCUAUUAUGUUCCCACUAGGAACCCAUCAUAGGGCCGGUACUAGGGAUACCAAUUAGAACGGGACUGAAUUCUGGCUUCCUGGAGUUGAAUGUAGGACUUGGAAGAGAAGAAAGAGUCAAGCAUUGUCUCAACUGCAGAUGCUUAUAGAAGCACAAACCCAUUCAGAGCAACUUGGGGAAGGAUGUCGAUCUCUGUUUACAGAGCAGAAACUGGGGCUUAGGGUACGUUAUUAACUUUCUGGAGGGCACACUGCUAGUAGGGGGCAGAUGAGGGGCUUGAAUUCGGGACUGUCAGAGACUAGGGAUUCCUGAAGUCCUUUAUGCAUUCGACAGAUCCUUGUUGAGCACUUUCUAUGCGACUAGCACUGUGGUUGUGCUGGCUGCUCACUUGCAGUGUCCUCGCCCUUGAAGGUCAGGGACAACUGUCAAGUCUCCAAACAUCGCCCAUGUGAAAGGCUAUGUGAUGGAGAUGAGCAUGUGAGCUAUGAAGGAUACACCUCAUGUGGGUGUGAGGGAUACACCUAGGAAGGGCAUUUCACCAGACUGGAAUCAAAACCGACUUCUAGAAGUGACAUUUAAGCUGAGAGUGGGAGAGUUAAAAAGGGACAGUUAUCCUAGUGAGAAGGAAGCUUAAACAAGGACCCGAAGGGGUCCUUCUGGGAGACACCAAGAGCGGGGUAUGUUGGAAGACAGAGUGUGAGGCAGUGACAGCAGGCCACGUGGGGUGCUGGUCGUGGGGUCGUCCCACUCUGAGGACAGUGGAGAAUUACACAAGUGAACAGAAGCAGUGGUGAACAACGAGGAGAGUCUGGAUUCCAUCCAGAAUGACUGGAUUUGGUAACCAGCUGGCUGUGGAGGAUAAGAGAGGAGGAAGUGUCAAGAAGGACCCCCAGAGUGUGUCUGAGCCAACAGUGAUGCCACCAGGAUGAGGGCGGGAAGACAAGAGCUUUGGGGCUGAAGACGAAGAAUUAGCCUCAUAACUGAGCAAGUUUGAGGCACUGUGGGAACAUCUCCAGGCAGAGAUGGCCAGGCAUGGGGCCAGGAGGCACUCAUUCUCAGGGCCGGCACCUGCUGAGACCCGGGAAGGAGCACCUCCUUCGGGUCUGUGCCCUAGACGCCCCACCAGCCUCACGCUAGUCCCCGCCUGUGUUGGAGGCAGUUCUGCUCAGUAAGAGUUCGGAGCUGGAGGCAAAAAUUUGGGAGUCGUCAGCAUGGCAGUUGUGACCAGCGUGAGUAGAUGGGGAACUAGGGAGUGUGUGUAGACAGAGAAGAGAAAUCGGUUAAGCAGUGAACCCCAGGGCCAUGUCCUUUAAGUCAGGGUGGGGAAAGAAAAAGGGAACAAGAAGAAAACUAAGAGACCAGCCAGAGAAUGAAAAGGUGCAACAGGAGAGUCUGGGGUCAUGGAAACGGAGAGAAGAAGAUACAUCACUGAGGAGGUCAGUGUCAAGUGCUAUAAAAUUUACACACAAGCUGGCACCGGUUCUUUAAUUACACAAGGUUAUGGUGACCUUGGUGACCUUGGUGACCUAGGUGACUUAGGUUCGGUGGAAUGAAAGGGGCAGGAAGGAAGCUUUGUGGAAAAUGGGAGGGGAGAGCCAAAGCAGUAGCUGGGAUAGCGCUGGAGUUGAAAUGUGUUCUUCGUUUUAUUAAGAUGGGGCACUAGAGCUUGAUUAAGUGCUCAUGACAGGCCCAGAGAGGAAGAGGUUGAGGAGAAGAGCUCACUGAUGGGCUGGAGCCCUUAAAAGCAGGGCUUAGAGGACCUGGAGCCCAGGAAGGGCCACUCUUCCAUGUGAAUUAGGUAGCGGAGCCCAGGUGGGCUCUCAGGUGUGGGUGACAGGGCAGGAAGCCGCAGCACCCAUUUGAUGACUUCUGUCUCUCCCACGAUGAUGCUAGAGGAGAGGGGUGAGUGAGGGCAGAGUUCCUGAGAAGGUCGGAUGAGGAGAACCAGCCAUACCUUUGGAAUCCCGUCACUCUUGUGGGUCAGCCCUUUCUUUAGUUCCAGGGUGGAUGUCUCCACCGCAUGCAAGAAACAUGAGUAAUUCCGGAUGCAGUGUUACAAGCAAUUCACUUCAAAACUCCACCCCAAGCGAACCCCCUUUCUGGUCCCUUGAACAUAUUGCUGUAGGUUUUAUUUCUCACACGCAGAAUGGAAAUAAUGACCUAGUUUACCCACAACACUUACAGAGCAGUGCUAACUGCUUUGGGGCUUUUUGUUUCGUUUUGGCACCGGAGGUCUCCCGCUGCUCUAAGAAGUUAAAACCGUAGGGGCGGCUGGGUGGCUCAGUCGGUUAAGCGGCUGACUUCGGCUCAGGUCAUGAUCUCACCGUCCGUGAGUUCGAGCCCCGCGUCGGGCUCUGUGCUGACAGCUCAGAGCCUGGAGCCUGUUUCAGAUUCUGUGUCUCCCUCUCUCUGACCCUCCCCCGUUCAUGCUCUGUCUCUCUCUGUCUCAAAAAUAAAUAAACAUUAAAAAAAAAAAUUAAAAAAAAAAAGAAGUUAAAACCAUAAUACCUAACAACUACUAACAAACUAAUUUCAUACCGGUUUAUAAUCAGCUACAGUAUAAAUUACUAAAGAAUGGGAUCCUUGUCAUAUAUAAAUACUGUGACGUAGCACCGUGUCCCACAGAAGAGGCAUCAAUAACUAUUCUUGAUCAGGAUCAGCUUAAAGCAGCGAUUCUGGAAUCACUCCAUUGCUUUGCCACGUACCAGCUGGGUGACCUUUUCAGCUCACUCUGCUUUUUAAGAUCACUUCCAUUUUUCCGAGGAGUUGUUUGCAGGGCACACGGGUGCCUAGUAAUGCAGGCUGUGCCCAUGUCGGAGGGCCAGCCUGUGCACGGCUACACAUACAAGCUCCCCGGUGCAGGCACACAUUCCACCUCAGACGGGAAGGCCUUUUCCUGAUUCAUUCAAAGGUACUGUGUGGGUGAGCGGUGGCCCCCACCAUCUGAACACAGAAAGCAAUUAAUUUCCUCCCAAGCAUUGCUUUAGAUAAACAUUGGAAGAUAUUGCUCAGUCCAGUGGUUUCUCCCAAUAUGAUCAUCCCCGGCAACAUUUUUUUCACUAUUUCUUGUACUCACCAAAAAAGUGUUUGCUUAGUUAAUAGAGUUUUUGCCCUAUCUUAUCUUUUUUCUUUCUUCAGUUGUGAUCAUACUGCAGAUGAGUUAGUAUUGCAUUCUUUCAUUUUAUCCUAUAGGCAUAAGGGGGAAAUAAUUUUUUAAAUCACUUUGUUUCCUAAGCAAUUAAAAUAAUUUAAAACUUU